CUUCGCUGCCCAAGUGGCUGGCCUCCCCGGAAGGCCGGAAAUCAUCCAAUCAUUGCGCGACGAUGACGACGCCAGGCCAGCGCCCGUUUAGCGCAUACGUCCGGCUGUGGGCCAUCGCCAAUCUCCUUCGCAUCUCGAUCGGCCUCAACGCCGGCACCGGCCUCGUCGGAUCGACGCUCGACGCCAACUUCUUCUCUCUCGCCACCCUGCCGGCCUUGGUCGCGCUGGCAGGCCUGGUGCCGGCUCGCUGGUCGGGUGCGCUGCCGCUGGUCGCGCUGGUGGCGCGAGCCGCCACCAAUGCGGCCAAGGGCUCGAUGAUGUCCAACUCCCAGAUGUGGGCCACGCAGAUGGACGCAGCGCUCGUGCUGUCGCUCCUGCGCCGCCUCGGAUCUGCCGCCCGCCACGGAUCGUCCUGGAGCAGCCCGCUGAGUGCCGAGGACGAGCGCGCGGUGGUCGGCGGCUGCGCCCGGACGGUGCGGUGGCAGCUCGCCAUCUUUUACUUUGCGAGCGGCUUCUGGAAGGCAAACACGUCCUUCCUCCACCCCUCGUACUCGUGCGCCGGCCUCUUCAUGGUGCAGCCCCUCGAGUACCUGCCCGACGACGUCCUCUUCGCAGCGAGCGGCCUGGCCGCCUCCGCCGUCCCCGCCCUCGCGCGCGCUAUCGCCGCAACCGGUCCGGCCUUCACGCUCGUCCUGGAGGCGGUGGUGCCGGUGCUGCACUUCCUCGAGCCUCGCCGCUUCCCGCGCUGCGCCCUCUUCGGCCUCGUCCUCACCCUCGCUUUCCACCUCGUCAUCGGCCUCACGCCGCCGCCCUCCAACGUCUCCACCUACGGCGUCACCACCUGCACGCGCCUCUUCUUCGUCUUCCCAGACGCCGCCGCCGCCGCCGUCGGCGAGAUGGGACGGCCGCAUACCGCCGCCGGUGCCCUCCUCUGCGCCGGCAUGGCUGCUGCCGCAGCGGCGACCCUCGCCCUCGUCGAGCCCUACCACGCCGUCGCCAUCAGCACGGUCCAGGGCGAGGGCAAGGACUGGCACGCCGGCUGGUACGCCGCGCUGGCAGUGCUGCUCACGCGCGCCGCGGUCCUCGAGGCGGCGGGCGGCGAAGAGGGGGAGGGCAGCGUGUGCGGGGCGCCGCUUCACGCCCCCGGCCGGUUGCGAGCAGGCGGCAGGCGGCGGCGAGGCGGCGUGCGGCAGCGAGGGCGGUCUUCCCGCGGAGAAGGAGAAGAGCCGCGAGGUGGAGGGGAGGACGAGGGAGGGGCCUGCUUUGCGGGGGCUCGUCGCGCUCGCGCUGCUGUACGCCUUCGCGCUGCCCGUGGCGGGGCUGCAGGAGAAGGCUGGCUGCCUGAUGUUUUCGCAGCUGCGCCUGCACGGCGGCUCCAACCACCUCCUGCUCCCCACGUCGCUGCUGCAGCGCGAGCUCGCCUCCGCCGAGCCGACGAACGCCUUCGCGGGCGGCGUGGUCCGCAUCGAGGAGACGGACCUCGAGUGGGUCGGAAACACCUUCGCAGAGCACAUGGGGCCGCGCACGCUCCGGCUGAUCCGCGAGGUGGCGGCCGUGCCCGCAGAGUACGUCUGGGCGGCCAAGUCGAGUUCCGCCAAGCGAAGCCGCCCGCCGCCGCGGUUUCGCCGCCACACCCUCUCCGCGCUCGGCCUGCGCCGGCUGCUCGCGACGGCGGCGCGGCAGAAGGACUCCUUCUCGCUCCGGUACACGCGGCUGCACGGCGCCGUCGGCGACGAGGCGUGGCGCACCGGCUCGGCGGGCAGCGAGUACGUGGUCAGGGGCGAGGGAGGCGCGACCCGCUGCGCGCGCCUCGGCUUGGGUGGCAAAGAGUCGCCGUGCGACGCGCGGGAGGAGGCGCUGAUCGCUCCGCCCUCGUGGCCCUCGUCGGCCUUUGCGUUCCUGCUCGAGCCGCAGCCCAACCCGAUCGUCGACGGGUACACAGACGAGAUGCACUGCGUCACCUGGGGAUGAUGCGCGGGUGGUUGCACAGCUGGGAGCCCGC